ACAAACAUGGCGUCCAUCAGCAGUGAACAGUGGAACGAAAUCUGCGAAAAAUUUACCAACGCCCAAAACCUAACAGAUGUCAAAUCUCGAAACGACCCUAAAAAUGACCCUUUUCGCUCCAAGUACAAGGCCAGAGACCUCCUCCGGGAGAUACACUGCUCGCUGAAGAGUUUUGAGGUCGGUGACGGGGAGGAAGACGGCGGUGCGCAGGGCGGCGACCAGCGGUCUAGCGAGCAGCCGGUGGACGGUCAGCUGGAGGAAAUGUUCGAGCGGGGCUUCGGCGGCGAUUCGCCCACCGGGCAGAGGACCGCGAGGCUGGCGGCGGUGGAAUAUUACCUCGGUGUGAACCAUGUGGACACGGAAGAGCUGUCGGCCGGCGAAGAGUGUUUAAUGAACUGUAUGAAAUUAUUGGAGAAAUGCAGAGUGUCAACCGAGAAUGUGUCGUUAUUCAUUCAUGCCCGGAACCAGCUGGGCAUCCUGUGGGCAGGUCGGGAUGAGACUGAAAUGGCACAAGGAUUCUUAGAGACGGCUGAGGCCAUCUACUUGCGCUACAUGAAGGAGGAUGGAAGUCCCCCCACUGAUUUGGUGGAGUAUUUCACUACCAAUGAAAAGAUGUUGACACAUCAAGAAAAGAACAAAAAGUUUGAGCUAGCCUAUACACACACUAUGUAUUACCUUGCUCAGGUCUACCAAAACCUUGGUCAAACUGAGCGAGCUGCCACCUAUUGCCACAGCACCCUGCAGAGACAGCUGCAGUUGAAUCAGUUCAGUCCGAUGGAGUGGGCUCUGAACGCUGCUACACUUUCACAGUAUUACAUAACAAAGGGGAGAUACAUGGAGGGCAGACACUGUCUUUCAGCAGCUACAGUCAUAUCUGGUUUAGCGGGAGAAGUUCCCUCAGAGGCUGCAGCUCAAGAGAGUGAGAUCGAGAGCGAGCGACGGGAUCAGCUGAGGCAGAAGCGAGCUGAGAUUGCGAGAUGCUGGAUUAAGUACUGUCUCAUCCUCCUCGAGGAUGCCAAAAAAGCGCUCGAGGAUAACAUUGGGGAGCUGGAUACUGAUCUUCAAGAAGAGUUAAAGAGGAAGAGGAGGCUUGAGUUGGAGGAAGAAGAAAAGGGCAGAAAGAGCGCUCUACUGUUUGGGUCUGAGGAUACAUUUGACUCCAUUGCAAGUCUGGAGGAGAAGGUAAGCUGCUUGCUUCCGCUGGACUUUACCGAGGCCAGGAAUGUUUUUCUGGUGGGACAGAACUAUGUCACACAGGCAAAGGAGUACUUCCUGAUGGACGGCUAUGUGACUGAUCACAUUGAAAUCCUGCAAGAUCACAGCGCCCUCUUCAGGAUUUUGGCCUUCUUUGAAGAGGACAUCGAGCGACGCUGCAAAAUGCACAAACGACGCGUCGACAUGUUGGAGACUAUCUGUCUCGAGCUGAACUCCCAGUACUACCUCAUGAUCCGCAGACAGUUGAUGUAUGAGCUGGCUGACACAUACAAUGAAAUGAUGGACCUGAAACUGACACUGGCAAACAGACAAGCUGACACACAGUCUCUGGAUAAUCACACCAUUAAGAAAUUCAACAGCCUCUGCUCUGCCGCCACUAAGUACUACCAGAUGUUCCUGGACUCUCUGCGCUCUCCUGAUGGGAAGUUUCCGACGCACCUGGAGGAGGAGGUGCUCAGGCCGGCCCUGGUGGCCCGUUUCAGAGUGGCCCGACUGCACAGCCGACUGAUUUCAUCUCUCCCACAUACGCAGCUGGACAACCUCAACAACUCGCUGGAAAACUACAAAUACGUAGUGGAGUACUGCGAGGCCCAUCCCGAGGCCGCUGCGGCCGUGGAGUCGGAAUUGGAGUUGAGUAAGGAGAUGGUGGGCCUGCUUCCUCUCAAAAUCAACCGCCUCAAAGCCAGGAUGGCUGCUAACAACUGA